CCUUGCCAGUCUGCUGUUGCUAUUAGUGCUGCUCUGUAGGGUGUAGCUUUCCUCUGGGGCUUCUGUGUUUGCUUUACGUGUUGCUUUCCUCUUCCUUUUGGUCAGGAGCCUUUUUACGACCUGGCAAAAUAACACUGAGCAGCAGCACCAGAUCUGCAGGACAGAAAUGAGCCUCUGCCUCAAAUAUCCCCGAGACAAAUGGAGGUCCUUCCAUCGUCCUGCUGCAGCAAGCAGAGCCAGCCCUGGGCAGCCCUCUAAAAUGUUCAUUUGGACCAGUGGCCGGGGAUCCACCUCCUACAGACACGAUGAGAAAAGAAAUAUUUACCAAAAAAUCAGGGAUCACGACCUGCUGGACAAAAGGAAAACAGUCACAGCCCUAAAAGCUGGAGAAGACAGGGCCAUCCUGCUGGGGCUGGCCAUGAUGGUGUGCUCUAUCAUGAUGUACUUCCUGCUGGGAAUCACCCUGCUGCGCUCCUACAUGCAAAGUGUCUGGACAGAAGAGACUCAGUGCUCGCUCCUCAAUGCAUCCAUCACAGAAACCUUUAACUGCUCGUUUAACUGUGGUCCAGAGUGCUGGAAAAUCUCUCAGUACCCCUGCCUGCAGGUGUAUGUUAAUCUCACCUCUUCUGGCCAGAAGCUUCUACUCUACCACACCGAGGAAACAAUGAAAAUUAAUUCUGAGUGCUCGUACAUCCCCAAGUGCGGGAAGAACUACGAGGAGUCCAUGUCGCUGGUGAACGUGGUGAUGGAAAACUUCAGGAAGUACCAGCGCUUCUCCUGCUUCUACGACCCCGAGGGCGUCCAGAAGAACGUGAUCCUCACCAAACUGUACAGCUCCAACGUGCUGUUCCACUCGCUGUUCUGGCCCACCUGCAUGAUGCUGGGCGGGGUGGCCAUCGUGGCCAUGGUGAAGCUGACUCAGUACCUCUCCCUGCUCUGCGAGAGGAUCCAGAGGAUCAGCAGAUAGGAGAGGAGCCUCCUCCCAAAUCUAACUGCAGCGAAAAUACUGUUCUUCUCAUUCUUCACCAAAGAACCUUAAGUUUGUAACGUGCAAGUCUGGUAUAAGUUCCUUACUAUAUUCUUCUAAGUAGAGCAAUAAUGCAAAAGCUGUUCUAUAUGCAAACAUGAUGUUAUUAUUAUGCAGACGACUGAAGAAGUUACUGUUUUGUGUUGACCGUCUCUAUGAUCUUGUUUUUGAGCUGGGAUUAGUCCUUUCUUUUCUACAGCCAAGAUAGGGCUCAGUGUGACCAUUGGCCAGGCUUCUUGAUGUUUUUGGUGUAAAAGAUUCUGGGGAAAUUCACUGUUGGACAAAGGGCAGCCGACCACUUGUGCAUCUCACACCUGGUUCAGUCCAUUCGAUGGAUUUGUGGCUUUGGCUUUUUUAAUAGUGGCUGCAGGGAAACCAUUGGUUAGGGUUUUUUAUGGUAAGAUGGCAAAAAAGGAUGCAUUUUGAGGUCAGGAUAAGCAUACAGUAUUUUCAGCCUCAGUAGGACUUGGUGAUGCUCUGUGUUUGCUCCCUCAGUUCAGAAGUCAGUUGUACCCUAUGGUGUUUAUAAGGUGUUUUGGAAAACACUUUGGAGUUUUAUUUUGUGUAGUGCUAUAAUUUUCCUCUGUCUUAUCAACAUAACUUUUGUCACUUGCAGAAGCUGUAGCCAAAAAGCAAAAAACACCUUGUUCCAUUUUGUAUUCUAGUUUGAGCCCUAUUGAUGGAGGUGGGACCAGAACUCCUUAUGUAAAGGUUUAUUAUUCAUUUGUCUUGUAUUUGCUACCAUAUCACUGUAAAGAAAAAAAAAUAACACUAUCAGCUAUUUUUUCAUUUUUUACUUCCAACUAUUUUAGAUUUUUUUACUUGAUAUAUAUACAGAUAUAUAUAUAUAUAAAGAAAAAGCUAUAUUAUAUCUAGUUGUGUAUUGAAACUUGUUUAGGGGGGUUUUUUUCUUUGUUUUUACCCACUGGAAAAUGAAUAGUACUCAUGUAUUUGUAACCUUCAUCCUUGGAUAAUAUCAUAACAUGGAGAAGCAGCACUGCAGGAUCUUAUCCAAUAUUCAUGAUGUUGUUUCAGUCAAAGGUCUCUGUUGCUGUGACAUGGGAAAUGACAAAAAUCUCAUCCAAUUCUAUGGCUCUAUUAACUGAAUUGUUAGAUAAUCAUCAUAACACAUUUGGAAGUCUCUUCUGACCUUAACUCACUAUGCAGUGCUGGCUGACAUGAAUUAUGAUUUACAAGACCCAGGUGCAAUGAUUUAUUGGAAAAACUGAGAAUCUGGCUAAAUUGUUGUCCUAUCUGUCAGAUAUUUACCACAGUAUACUUGCCAGUCUAAUUUCAUACACACUGUAGUCACAAUUUCUGCAUAAUUUAUUUUUAUUCCCCUGUAGAAAACAUUCCUUCUUGCGUUUUAAAGACAUUUCUCUCAGUUCCUCAUGUUGCACCCAGCCCUGAAGAAAAAAUACAAGGCACAUCCUGGAAGCAAUCCUGUAAACUCAUUAUCCAAUAGCUCAAAGAAAUCAUAUACAGGCCUACUCAAAACAAAAAAAAAACACUUUUCCCUUCAAAAAGACUGCCAAUCAAGUAUUCUGCCUGGUUCAUCUAUAUAUAUAUAUAUAUAUAUAUAUAAGUACCUUUCCUCAACAUAGCAUUAAAAAUUUCAAGAUGUUACAAAACAAGUCAUGCAAGUGUAAUGUGAGCUGUAAAAAAAAAGAGAGUUCUCAGCAGUGAAAAUAAACCUGCAAUCUUGUAAUCAGUAGUACAAUUUUCCUGAGGUAAUUAAAUUCCUGGAGGGUGGGGGGGAUAAUGAAGGUUCCAAAAAUAUGUAAUAAAAAUGUUCAAUUAAAUCUUCCAGAUUUCAG